GAUAAACGCAUCGUACAAUGGCUGAUGCUGAACUUGCCGCUCUCCGCGCCGCGCGUCUGCAUCAGCUUGAGGCCAACGCACCCGCGGGUGCGUCUGAGGGUGCCGAGGAGGAAGGGAAGAGGCAGUCCGAGGAGCAGAUGAGACGGGAUCUUCUGUCUACUGUAUUGGAGCCUGCUGCGCGAGAACGGCUGUCUCGUAUUGCGCUGGUUUCCCCGGAACGAUCGCGACAGAUCGAAGGAAUCCUCUUGCGCAUGGCGCAGUCGGGGCAGUUGCGUGGAAGAGUGAAUGAGAAUCAGCUCAUCGACUUGUUGGAGCAGGCUGAAGAGGCACAGUCGAAGGGGUCUGUGAAGAAAGGCGCUAUCAAGUUUCAACGGAGAGAGUUGGACGAUGACGAUGAUUUUGAUACAUGAGAGUGGUCUUGUCUGAAGUCUACAAGCUAUGUGCACGUUCCAGGUGCAACCGAGAAGAGAUUAAAAGUUAGUUGCUCACCAUUUAUCUAGCGAAGGCGAUAGCAAUAGAACAACAAUUGCCUUCC